CUCCUCCUCCUCUUCCUCCUCCUCCUCCUUUCCUUUAUCUUUCAGCUGCCGUUUGACCAGGUGUGAGCAGGUGAAAAAAACAUGAUAUAUACUAAUAAUUUUUCUGCCGUUUGGCUAGGCGUGAUCAGGUGAAAAAAAAACACUAUAAAUAUUGAUAUAUGUUCUGCCGUUUGGCUAGGCGACCGCAGGUGCAGAAAAAAACAUUAUAUAUACUGUCGUUUUACCAGGUGUGACUUGGUGCAGAAAACCACUCUAUAUACACAACGAAAGAUCCGCGCACAAAACCAUUAUAAAUACUAAUAAAGACCCUACCGUUUGACCAGGUGUGACCAGGUGCGUACUAGGUGGAACCUUAACCUGCAUGGUGGCUAAUGGUGACCGUAGCCGAGAUCGCUGUAUUGCUCCUCACUAUAUCUGCGACGGCCGAAACGACUGUCAGAAUGGUGAAUAUUUAUCAGAUGAAUACGGCUGUGGAGAGAAGGAAUGCCUCGAGGACCCUGCUGAGGGAAGGAAAGGGUGGUUCAGAUGCAGGGAUGGAAGGUGCUUGCCAAGACGUCUCCUCUGUGACUUCAAUCCUGACUGCAAGGAUGGGGAGGAUGAGCUCGACUGCGGUAAGUGCCGGGGGAGGAGUGUUAGCAAAGGUAAGGGAGGGAGAUAGGAUGGGAAUGAAGCGUGUGGCUCAUAUCCCCUAUUGUUAUCA